AUGUCCAACUCACAGGAUUCUAAGGAUAUAUCCAUGGUGGACGUGUCGAAGGUUUUAGAAUCAACCGUUCUGCAAGAUGAAACGCAGACUCUUCAACCUCCGCAACGUAGAAAGUCCACGCUUAUCUUAACAGAUGAAAUGGAUGUAGACAACAGAAAUCACACUGAACAGAGUAGCGGUAACAGUAGCACGAAUGCCCUGGGACUUGAAGACAAUAUGCAAGUUGACAACCACGACUCAGAAAGUGGUGGUCGUAGUCAGCAAAACGAAGAAAACAAGCAGCAACAACAACAGCAACAGCAACAAGGCACUGAGGUAAAUGCAGACGGCCAAGCAGCUCCUCUACCAGACCCAAGUGUCACUAUUCCCGUGGACAUCAAAUGGGUUCAAGGAGGUGAAAAAGUUUACGUGACUGGUUCGUUCACAGGCUGGAGAAAGAUGAUUGGGUUGACCAAACAGCCUGAUGGUGACUAUUCUAUCACGUUGGGUUUACCUCUUGGUACACAUAGGUUUAGGUUUGUCAUUGACAACGAGUUGAGGUUUUCCGACUACUUGCCCACCGCAACUGACCAAAUGGGUAAUUUUGUGAACUAUGUAGAAGUUACUCAUGAGAGCAUUCAAUCACAUUUAAAUCAGUUAGACGACCUGCAACUGCAACAACAAGAUCUGGAACUCCAACAACAUCAGCAAGUUCAAGAAAAUGAACAAGAUAAAGGGCCACAAGAGCAGCAGCAAGGCUCAUUUGCUCGGAAAUCGUCCAUGUCGGGCUCUAAAUCUAGAAGUAACUCUAUAUGGGGAUUGACUAACGAUGACGACGACAUGGGUAAUGGCUAUUCUAGAUACCAUGAGGAAGUUGAUAAUGAUAGCAACAAAUUCCAAUACAUUACAGACAUACCUCCAAUCUUUACAGACCCAAAGGUAAUGGAGCAGUACUACAUGGCUAUUGACAAGCAAUCUAAGUCUCAGAAUGGGCUGCAACAGGCUUGGUUACACCCACCACAAUUGCCUCCGCAUUUAGAGAGUGUUAUCUUGAAUAAUUUCAACUCUAUGGAUAACAAUUCAGGUGCAUUGCCUAUUCCAAAUCACGUUGUCUUAAACCAUUUGGCUACCACUAGUAUCAAGCACAAUACACUUGCAGUUGCUUCUAUUGUGAGGUACAAGAGGAAAUAUGUUACUCAAGUUCUUUAUGCUCCAUUACAACAAUAA